GCACUCAUGAGUUAAGGCUUCAUUAAUACGCCUGCCUCUGGAACCUCAUUUAUGCCCACCCACAACUCGGGAGGUUCCCUCCACUUUCAUUGACACACCACUCCCAGACCGCCUGACUCCCAUUCGUACUGCAGACCUCAACUUGUGUAAGAAAUUCUUUCCCCUGCCACUAUUAGGAUUCUAGGACACAGGGCGAGGACUGCCAGCCAGAGAGGACAAAACAGCCCUUGCUCCCGGGAUCCCACCCGUCUCUAUCCUCGAGCGGAAGGGGCGUGGCCUGGGGCGGACGUAGCCCGUACCCGGAAGCCGCAGGUCACGUGCGUCUGUGUGGAAGGGUUUGGAGGAAAUAUGGCUGUGGAAGGGAAGAACAAACGGAAGAGAAAGCGGAAUGCCGACCCGGGAGAGAAGCUGGGCGGCGGCGUUGGCGGGCAUCCGGCCGGAGACUACUUGGUUGGACAGGUGGCCGGCAGCUUAGCCCAGGGCAGGCGGCCCUCGGGAGGUGGCGCGGCUCGACUGGCGGCUCUCUUCAGCUCGGCAGAACCCCAAGUUCAACCCGUGUACGUGCCUGUGUCUAAAGAAACCACUAAAAAAAGAAGGCGGGAGGAUGAGGAGGAGGAAGAAAGAGCAUCCCAGACUGGAAGACCUGUGCUGCCAGAUCAAGCCAAAAAAUUCGCAGUGAAGAAGAAAGUCUCCACAGCAGACGAAAAUUUGGCAAACAGGGAAAGUGCGCUAGCAACUGCUGAUUUAGAAGAAGAAAAUCAACAGACAAAAGGGCACAAAAGGAAAAAUACACAACCCAAAGUUAAAGUACUGGAUGAUGCAGAUCACAGCUUGGAUGUCAGUCAAAGAAAGAAAAGUCAAAUCAACAAGGAAGAAGAGCGAUUAAAGAAUGACAGAACCGUGUUUGUUGGCAACUUACCUGUCACAUGUAAUAAGAAGAAACUGAAGUCAUUUUUUAAGGAGUAUGGGCCAAUAGAAUCUGUACGAUUUCGUUCUCUGAUUCCAGCAGAGGGAACUCUAUCCAAAAAGUUGGCAGCAAUCAAGCGUAAAGUUCAUCCUGAUCAAAAAAAUAUUAAUGCUUACGUUGUGUUUAAGGAUCAGGGUGCUGCCACCAAAGCACUGGCAAGAAAUGGAACCCAGUUUGCAGAUGGAUUUCGUAUUAGAGUUGAUCUCGCAUCUGAGACCUCAUCUAGAGACAAAAGAUCAGUGUUUGUGGGGAACCUCCCUUACAUUGAAGAAUCUGCUGUGGAAGAGCACUUUUUGGAUUGUGGGAGUAUUGUGGCCGUGAGGAUCGUGCGAGACCACGUUACAGGAAUUGGCAAAGGCUUUGGCUAUGUGCUCUUCGAGAAUAAAGAUUCUGUUCUUCUUGCUCUGAAACUAAAUAAUUCAGAACUAAUGGGAAGAAAACUCAGAGUCAUGCGGUCUGUUAACAAAGAAAAGUUAAAUUCAAAGUCAAAACAUUCAGAUCCACUUUUGAAGACAGGCAGUAAACCUAAGCAAAGACUUAAUUUUGCUUCCAAAAAUAUAGAAGGACAUUCUAAAGGUUUGUUUAUUGGCGAAAAAGCGGUGUCUGCUAAAAAGAAGAAGAAAGGACAGAAGAAAAGUAGACCACUUAAGAAGCAGAGAACACAGAAGCAGCGGUCAGGAACUGGGCUUCUUUGAUCCCCUCUGAGCUCUGCUAAUGAAUUAGGGUGAACCUGUGUGCUGGGUUUGCUCAUUUUUCACGUCUGGAGUGAAUGAAAUGUGGGAACGUGUGCAUUCCUACUCGUGUACAUUGUAAAUGCCGCCUUUGAAGCACUCAGGAUGUAGUACACAUGGAAGAUGUGCCACCACUGGUGGUAGUGAUGAUUUCAAUAAAAUGAGCAUUUAGAAUUUUAAUAAUACUUAUUCGCUGUAUUAAAAAUUUUUUUAAAUUUUGAUUAUUGUAGAGGCAGUGCUCCUAUCUGCUAAUUCACUCCCCAAAUGCAUGUAGUAGCUGGAGCCGGCCCAUGCUGCAGGUGGGAGCUGGGCACUUAUCCUGGUCUCUCACGUGGGUGGCAGGAACCCAAGGACUUGUGCCAUCACCUGCUGCCUCCUAUGGUGCACGUUGGCAGGAAACCAGAAUCGAGACAGAACUAGGACACAAGCACUUUGUUACAGGCUACAGCCAUCCCAAGUGGCUUUUUAAUUGCUAGGGCAAACUUCCACACCUGUCAGCCAAUUAUAUGUGGGAUAUACAUAAAAAUUAGGAUGGGAUAAGACAGUGAAAAAUAAUAAACCUUGAUGUUGAUUGCUCUUACAGCAAAAGUCCUGAUAGUUAUGAUCGGAAUAUUGUUGUCAAGAUUGCUAGGAGGGCCCGGCACAGUAGCCUAGCAGCUGA